GAAAAUUACUCUGAUGCUCCUAUGACCCCGAAACAGAUUCUGCAGGUCAUAGAGUCUGAAGGACUAAAGGAAAUGAGCGGCACCUCCCCGCUGGCCUGCCUGAACGCCAUGCUGCACUCCAACUCCCGCGGGGGCGACGGGCUCUUCUACAAGCUGCCGGGACGCAUCAGCCUCUUCACACUCAAGAAGGAUGCCUUGCAGUGGUCCCGGAACCCACCCAUGCCAGAAGGGGAGGAGCUGGAGGACACAGCGGAUGCUGAAAGUUGCGGGUCCAACGAAGCAAGCACUGUGAGUGGGGAUAAUGAUGUGUCUCUUGAUGAAACCUCCUCCAACGCCUCCUGUUCCACCGAAUCCCAGAGCAAGGGACCUGCUGCUGCCAGGGAGAGCCACAGAGCUGCCUCCCAGACAGCCAAACAGAAGAAGAAGACAGGUGUGAUGCUGCCACGCGUGGUCCUGACACCACUGAAAGUAAAUGGGGCACACAUGGAAUCUGCCUCUGGCCUCACAGGCAGGCACGCUGACGGGGAGAGCAGCAGCACGUCCAGCAGCAGCAGCAGCUCCUUGGCCCUGUGCAAAGCCACCCUGCGCAGCCGGGCAGAAAUAAACAGGGACCCCCCGCAACUCCUGAGGGGCAUCAGGAAGCCCACAGCUGGGCAAAUGAAACGCAACCGGGGUGAGGACAUUGACUUUGAAACACCAGGUUCCAUCCUGGUCAACACGAACCUGCGAGCUCUGAUCAACUCCAGAACCUUCAACGCGCUCCCAUCACACUUCCAGCAGCAGCUCCUCUACCUCCUGCCAGAAGUGGAUAGACAGGUGGGGGCUGACGGGCUGAUGCGCCUCAGCGGCAGCGCCCUCAACAACGAGUUCUUCACCCACGCGGCGCAGAGCUGGAGGGAGCGGCUGGCGGAUGGUGAAUUCACCCAUGAGAUGCAAGUUCGAAUUCGGCAGGAGAUGGAAAAGGAGAAGAGGGUGGAGCAGUGGAAAGAGAAGUUCUUUGAGGACUACUAUGGACAAAAGUUGGGCUUGACCCAAGAAGAAUCCCAGGAGCAGAAUUUGGUGCAGGAAGAUGCUGAGAACAGGACAGGGCUGGCAGCUAAAGGGGAGGCCCGGCCGGCGCGCGGCCCUGCGGCGCGGCAGAGGGACGGGCGCUUCCGCCGGCGCUCGCGGGCCGACCUGCGCUGCCGGGCCCGGAGGAGCCUCUACAGGCUGCGGGAGCCUGAGCAGACAGAGCCUGCCAAGGAGCCUGCUCCUGUGGAGCCAGACUCCUCUCUCCAUAAAGAGCCAAAGCCUGAGGUAGACCUGAAGAAAGACGCUCUGGUGAGCCCUUCGGCUGCAGUGGUGAAGCCGGAGAGUUCAGAAUUGCACCACUCUCCAGAGACUUCCAAAUUGCACAGCACGUCGGAAGAUCUGUCGUUGGCAGCUGCAAACAGAAUUCCAGGUUUGCCCCAGGAGAACUCUGCCCGGGAGCCCAAGGACCAGAAGAGGAAAUGCUUCGAGGAGGCUGCCUCUGCAUCCUUCCCCGAAAAGAAGCCCCGGCUUGAAGAUCGUCAGUCCUUUCGUAACACAAUUGAAAGUGUUCACCCAGAAAAGCCACAGCCUACUAAAGAGGAGCCAAAAGUCCCACCCAUCCGGAUUCAACUUUCACGUAUUAAACCACCCUGGGUGGUUAAAGGUCAGCCCACUUACCAGAUAUGCCCCAGGAUCAUCCCCAGCACGGAGCCCUCCAGCCGGGGCCGGGCCGGGGCCAGAACCCUGGCAGACAUCAAGGCCCGAGCCCUGCAGGCCCGAGCCCAGCGAGAAGCCGCUGCCAUCGGGGGCGGGGGCGGCCCCGGCGGAGGGAGGAGCACGGAUGCAGGAGGGGGUGGAGGAGGAUCCCGCAGCCGAGCAGAGCGCAGGAGAUCCAGGAGAAAUCGUGGAAAGCGUUCGUCAGAUCUACAGCGAGCACAAUUACUGCCGCCUCUGCACCUGAGCGGGGAGAAGCCCAACUCGGAGGUGGCUGCGCGGGAGGCAAACACGAGUCCUUUGCUCUCCUCCAGAGAAGACCCCUUGUCCUCAAAGAGGGAGGGAAGUGGUGCUGUGAAGCGUGCCACGGGCACUAGAUCAGGGGAAGCUCAGCCUGGCGGUGGUUGCCCUGGGAGGCAGAUCUGUGAGGCUUGGACUGGGUUGUCCUUGGACAGCGCAACUUGUGAGAGGCAGCAGGAGAGCCCAGAGCAGCUCCUCUGUGAGCCACGGACUGAAGCCCCACCUUGUUCUGCACCACAGGAGAGGCAGAACUCAAAGCUGAAGCACGUGGCUCCUCCAGUCGAUGGCCUAUCCUGCUUCCAGGGGCAGGGAGCUGUCGUCAGUCCCAUGGGAGAGGGGUCUCUGCUCCAAGAUGUCUGUGCUCCCACUGUGCAGCUGGAUUAUCCUUCUGACGUAAAGGAAGCUUCCUCCAGUUGUCCUGCUCUUCUGCCAGAAUUGUCAUCAGUUGGUAAAGAACAACACCAUGAGCCAGAAAUGGUCAUGAGCUUCAGAUUUAAUGGCUCUGAAACAUUUGUGGAAAAACGUGUGGCUGAUGGUGGUAACUCCAAGGCAGCAAGUUCUGGAGUGGAGACCGUGGUCUCUGCUCUGUGUAACUGCUCCCACCCAUGGGCAGAGAGCAUAAGUGGGGACAAACCAGGAACUGAGGAGCUGGACACAGAGUCCCUGGUGAAGUCUUCUUCACAUGAUGACUUUGUGUCUCAGAACAGGACGGAUGCUGCUGAAAAACUGCAGCUGAGGGAGAAGUGCCCCAGAACAGCACCAGAAAGUGCACAACAGGCAUCGAAAGAGACUGGAGAGCUCAAGACAAAAUGGGAUGAGGAGGUGCAGAGCACACACAGUGGAACAACAGACACUGCCUCGGAUUUUGAAGGUGAUGGAGCUGAUGAGAGUGUGGAGAUGGAUUUGUGUUUCAGGAGCGUCGGCUGCAGGGAGGUGGUUGGAAAAGACUCCUCCUGUCACAGCAGCUCAGAGAGAUGUGACAGGAUUAGAUCCAAAUCACCAGUGGAACCAGGUAGUCUGGCCCCUGGAGGGGACUUCCCUGCCAAGUCAGCAGUGGGUGCUGCUCCUCCAUGGGCACCACUGGCACCAUCGGCCCCCAAACCUGAGCGGCCAGUGGGUCCUGCCCGGCCUGUGUCCUUUGUUGAAACCAACAACCCUUUGGUGAUGCAGCUGCUCAAGGGGAACCUUCCACUGCAAGAAGUUCUCCCAGUAUCUCACACCAACAUCAAGCUGGAGAUUGCACAGCCAGGGCUGGACAAGCAGCCAGAAAGCCUCUCCCUGCAAAUGGAGAGAGGCAGCAGUUGCUAUUUUGGCAAAGGAUCUUCUCCGGAUGUGGGAAUAAAGGCAAGUGCCCUAAGCAGGAGCGAUGACUUCCACGUGGUGAGAUCUUCCAAAGAUCCCCAGGGAACAAUGUGUGGAUCAGGGGCAGCAUUGCCUAGCACGGGAGAUGCAGAGGGUCAGUCUAUUCCAGAAAAACAUUCCAAAGUUGGCUUGACUUUAAGCUGCCAAGACCAACUGGCAAAUGUGGCAAGUGCCUCUCAGAAGCCUGAAGACGUGGGCCCUCAGGAAAGAACAUUUUCUUCCUGUAGCUUUGAGGAACAGAAGGAAUUGUCCAAGGUCCAUCGGGUGCCACAGCACAAGCCAGUGACAAGUGUCAGCACAAAGAAAAGUCCAGAGAAGCUGAAGACCUCUACAGAGCCUCAGUUUGUAUCUCCAGCUGUACCUGCUCUUGGUCCAAAUCAGACGGGAGGUGCAUCGGUGAACAAAAGUUAUGGAGUGCAAGGCAAAAAACUCUUUGGCUCUGGUUUCUCUCACAACCCCAGUGUCCGACUGCAUCACUCCAGGGCUUUGGAUCUGGUGUCGGCCUUGGGAACCUUGUCCCCCAGCAAACAGGUCUCUCUGAACAAGAGCCGUGCACCAGGAGAAGGAAUGCCAGUUGCAAGGGAGGAAUGGACUUCAAAGCAGCACGUGGGCACCCUGGGAGGAAUUAAAACUGAGAAGGUGCUGGGGUGUGCCAGCCCGGCCAAGAGCAACGCGGAGAACCGGCAGGACGCGGCGCCCGGCCCCACCGAGCAGAGCCAGGCUCUGCAGGGUGUUCCCCUGCUGGGGGACUUGCCAUUCUUUAAGUUUUCAAGGGAACCAGGAAAAGGACACAAUCACCCUUUGGAGCCUUCUUCCAUACCCUCCCAGCUCAAUAUCAAGCAAGCAUUUUAUGGGAAGCUUUCUAAGCUGCAGCUUAAUUCCACCAGCUUUAAUUAUUCAUCCAACACUCCAGCUUUUCCCAGAAGCCUUGCUGGGAGCAUGAUGCAGCUGACCCACAAAGCAAACUUUGCUGCCAGCCACAACUCGUCCCUCUCCGUGCAGAUGUUUGCUGAUGGCAGCAGCGUCGACGAGAUCUCGUUCAAGUGCUCGUGCAGCCUGAAAGCCAUGAUCAUGUGUAAGGGCUGCGGGGCCUUCUGUCACGAUGACUGUAUAGGACCCUCUAAGCUUUGUGUAUUGUGCCUUGUGGUGAGAUAA